GAACAAAUAAUACUCUUUGGGGGAUUUCGCCAAUGAAAUUUCAACAAGCUUUGUGAGCAAAUAACAUAGGAUCAUAAUUCAGAUCAUAUUCCUCCCGACUCAGAUCUACUAGGCAUAUCCGGCAAUCUCUAUAGAUUUUCUUCAAUUUAUGUACUUAAUAUUUUAUACCAAUCUGAAUUGAGCUGCACACGUUUUGAAUAACGAUUUUUUUGCAACUCUCUUGUAAAGGAUAAAAAGACAAGAUGGGUAACCGGUCAUCCAAGAAACACGCUAAGAUGACAGAUGACGCAGAGGGCGCUAAACCAUCAAACGAUUCGGAUUCCACAGGAAACAAAGAAAACGACGUAGUCGAAGGCGCCAGCAGUUCAGCAAAAGCCGAUCAGUCGAAGAAACAGAAGAAGAAAGAAAAAGAGAAAGAGAAAAAAGAGAAAAAGGAGAAAGCGAAACAGGAGAAGAAGGAUAAAAAGGAGAAAGCAGAUAAAGAAAAGAAAGAGAAGAAAGAGAAGAAGAAAAAGGAUAAAAAAGAGAAGAAGAAAUCGAAAAACAAAGCUGAAUACAAAGAAUUGUCUCCACCGCCAGAAAUAUCGGAUCUAACGAAUUCUGUUGACGUGACCAACUUCAACGGAGACACUCGAAACCUUCAAGACGCCGUCACAGUAUCUGUUAAAAUUGAAACAACUGAUCCUGACAGCAUGAGAGGCAAGGAAAACACGAGACCUAUAACGGUAUAUGAGGGUCGACCACCUUCCCCUAAAGGACCGGGUGUAAGUGCUCUCAGAGAGAAAUUUGGCGCCAAAGCUACAGGUACACCAUGUCGGCCAAUCUCAUACCCAGCAUCAAGGACUAACAAAGACUCACCUAACACUGAACUUCAUCAACCAGUACACAGGAAAUCAUUCGGUUUUAACAGGCUGGAGGAAACCCCACAGAAACAAAUGGGCAAGAACGGAAUUGCGGACGGAAACGUAAGCGCUCUGAAACAAAAAUUUGGAGGAACAAAUGCAGGUACCCCGCCGUCACCGACAACAAAACAAACCACACCGUUUUCAACACCAACAACAAAGACUGUGGCAACACCUAGCAAGUUUGGUGGUGUGGCAAACAAGUGGCAGCCAAAGCAGACCAGUACACCCAGUGAUACGAAAAUGACGUCGGGCAACCAAGUCGAUCAAGCAAUUACACCGACAACGGCAUCCACCACUGCAACUACCAGCAUCAGUGCUCUCAGAAAUAGAUUCAAUAGUAGCUCCGAAGGUGAAACUACAGUCACAUCGAUUGGUCAGACGGUUAUCACACAAGAUAAGAAGAGGAAGAAGGCUGGUGAUGACAAGAGAGCUGAAGAUCAAAUUGAAAAAGAAAACGAGAAGAAUAAAUCCCCUCGUAAACAUUGGCGGGACUGGUCACCAAAGAAAGAAGCUAAGACACCUAGCAGAGAAGCAUCACCAACCAAAGACACAUCACCAAGGAAACGAAAGAGCAUGGUUCUAAAUAGAUUGAACAAUAUUACGAGAACCAAGUCAAAACAUGAGAGUAAAGAUGAGGUCGAGGAGUCUCCACUUAUUAGUACAUCGGUUGUUGAUAAUCGAGAUGCUGAAGCUGAGAAAGAAAGAGCUAGACAGUUGAUUGCUGAUCGGACCAGUGCUCUUAUACAUGGUAUCAACUCAACACCAAAGACAACGACGCCAUCUAGGGUUCAAUUUGAGGAAUCUGUACCCAAGAGAACGAGAAGAGAUGAAAAACCAAAAGAGCGACCCAAGACAGAAUAUAACUUCCAAAGUGUAUCGUCACCAAGACCAAAAUCAAUUGGUGACACGAAAGAGCUCUUCUCAUCACCUGGUAAUGUGAAUAGUAUGACACCAGGAACAAACAUCAUCAAGAAUCCAACAACAAAGACACAGAAACUACUUCAAUGGUGUCAGAUACAUACUCAAGGAUAUGAUGGUGUUUGUGUGUCAAACUUCUCUUCAUCAUGGGCUGAUGGUCUGGCUUUCUGUGCUAUAGUUCACAAGUUCUUCCCAACUGCUUUCAAUUUCAACUCACUUAGUGGCAGUAAUAGGAGACACAACUUUGAUCUCGCUUUUUCAUCAGCCGAGAAAUACGCCUCGGUACCUCGUAUCCUUGACACAGAUGACAUGAUAGUAAUGGGGGAUAAACCAGAUUGGAAAUGCGUUUUUACCUAUGUGACAACACUCUAUUCUGGACUCAAUAAACACGCGAAAUGAGAAGAUGAAAAGUAUCGACUGUUUUAAACUGAAAUCCGCAAGGUGGUGGAAUGGAAUCGUAUUUUUCAAUUUGAUUCCCGAGGAGGGAACAAACCUUUCGCUCAGAGACAGCAGAUUCGAGUCUAUAAUACAAGUAUCGGAAUGAUAAGCUGAUUCAUGUCAUGUUAACUAUUAACGUGUUAUUAUUAUGUACAACAUCAGAUAGACCGACAUGAUAGCAAGCAUUAAUGCUCUUAUACCGAAUAAGGUCAGGUCCCAGGUCUGAUAGUAUAUUUCAUAAAAAAGGUGGAAAUGAAUUGUUAUUGUUAUUCCAAAGAUACUGUUUACACCAAUCAUUCAUUAUAUCAAGAUUGCCAAAACGGUAACUGGAGGGAAAUUUUAUUCCUGAUAUGAAAUCCUAUGGAACAUGAAUUAUUCAUAAAUUGAGCUUACUAGAACGGUCAUUAUGCAUUUAUCGCUCAAUGAAUAAUUUGAUACAAUUUCGGCUCUGUUUAGCCAGAAUACCCGGACCGGCAUGACCGGAUUCAGAGAGAGAGAGCCUAUCUGCUACCAAAAAAAUAUAGUACUUUGUGUAUUACAAACAUUACCGGAAGAUCUAGCUGUAGCUGAUUUUUGUUUUCAUUAAGUUAUAAUUGAUUAGGUUUUUUUUUACUACUCGGCAUACAUUGAUUACCAUUGGACUAUGGCUCAGUCAUGUCAGCAUUGGUAUUGAACGGAAUUAGCACGAUAAUACUCGCCCUUAUCGUUAGAUUAGUAAUAAUAAGACCAAGAUUUUAAUGCUCAUGACAAGAAAAUGAUCUACAAAGUGGUGAUUCUUUUUAUUUAAGAGGACAUUGCAUGAUUCGAAAAGUUAAUUUGCAUGUAAAAAACAUGAAAUUUUAUCUCAAUGUAAUUCUGUAGAUAUUUCAGAAAGAGAGAGAGAGGGGAGAUAUAGCAGAAAGGAUUGAGAAAGACAAGGGAAAGAGAGAGAGAAA